AAAUUUUGAUUUUAUAAUUACAGAAAAUAAAAAAGGGAGUGACCGUAUUCUGGAAAAACCCUUUUCCUUCGGAAGCACAAAUUGCAAAAGCCUCAUCUGUCCAUGUGCGCUUUCUUGCUCUGUUCCCUUCGCAAUUCCCUUUUAACUUUCUCGUCAGCUGCAGACCCCGAAGUGGGUUUUCCAAGCAUAAAUUUCAAGCAUUGAAAAGUUUUCUGGAUCUUGCAAUGCUACUUUCUUGAGCACUGAAUUAAGUUCAAAAUUGAUAUCACCGCUCCCAACUGUUCUCAUUACCAAAAUCAUUCAACACGUGGAUGUCUAUAGAAUCAUGCAGCUAUAUCACCAUCCAUAUUCAGUGGACAGCCAAAAGGUGAGGCUUGCUUUGGAAGAGAAAGGCAUUGAUUACACAUCGUACCAUGUUAAUCCCAUAACAGGAAAGAACAUGGACAUUUCAUUCUUUCGGAUGAACCCAAGUGCAAAGCUCCCUGUUUUCCAGAAUGGCUCCCACAUCAUCUUCGACACCAUUGAGAUAAUCCAGUACAUAGAAAGGAUCGCUAUUUUCUCUUCUGGCGGCGGAAACUUAAUGCAUAGUAGCGGAGAAGUUAUUGAAUGGAUGCAGAAGAUACAUGAGUGGAACCAUAAGUUUUUUACGCUUUACCACAUCCCCGAGAAUCAUCGGCUUUUUGUGUCCAAAUUCAUAAGGAAAGUAGUAAUUUCUCGAAUGGCCGAGUGUCCUGAUCUAGCAAGUUCAUACCACUGCAAGCUAAGAGAAGCAUAUGCAACAGAUGAUAAGUUAAAAAACCCGGCAGUUUUCAGACGGUGCAAGGAACAUCUAGACAUUCUUCUCGAUGCUGUGGAAGCUAGGCUGAAUGAGUCGACCUUUUUGGGAGGGGAAGAAUUUAGCUUGGCAGAUGUUAUGCUCAUUCCAGUGCUAGCCCGGUUAGUUCUCUUGAAUUUACAACACGAAUAUAUCCUGAACAGGCCAAACAUUGGUGAGUACUGGAAUGUGGUGCAGCGAAGGCCUAGUUACAAAAAGGUAAUCGGAAGGCACUUCAAUGGCUGGAGAAAAUACAAAACUCUUAUAAAAACCUGGUGUUUCCUUCACGUCCGAAAUAUGCUGAGGAGAUAUUGAGGGAGACGCUUCAGUUGCGUGGCAUAAUUCGAAUCUAAAUAUAUAUAUAUAAGUUUGAAAUAUGCAUGUUGAUUACCGGUGGUAAAAUUUCAAGUGCACAUAUUCCUUUCACCUCUACCUUUUUCUUUUUUCUUUUUUUGGAGGGGGGUUGGUUGUUAAGUAAAGGGUGCGUUUUAGAAACCCUAAUUAGUACUUUUUUAUGGUUAAAGAAUGAUUAGUAAAAAAAAAAAUUGUAUGGAGAGAUCAGAUUAUAUUGUGUAAUCAUAUUAUUUCUGGCUGCA